AUGCCAUCCAGCGUCGCUUACUCCGAAACAAGGACCCUGGCGAAUGAUCAUAAUGCUCGCGCCCUGAACGGCUCUUAUCGACUGGGGCGGGAACCGUUGGAAAUGCCCUCGCGGCCUGACGAAGCCCGCAAAAAUGAAGAUAUCUUCUUGAACAUUGCUAGAACAGACUCAGACCGUCGCGAUUCAUUGGGUCGCUCGGAUUUUCGUCGAUCACGACUUGGUUAUUCAAGCCAAUCUCUCCGGUCACCAACCACGCGGUUUGACACCGAACAAACCCCCUCUCCCGAUCAGCGCCUCAGCAAUGCGGAGAGCCCCUUGCUUGCGCAGAAUGAAUCCCCAACGCUCGCCUACAGCUCUCUCCACACGCCAGCAGCCUCCUCUCAUCCUCUAGACGACCACAAUCGCUUCCGCUAUUCAAGUUUAGGAUCUGGUGCCCGGUCAACCAUUGGCGCGCCACGAAGCCGACUCAGUCGCACCAGUCCAGAGGCCUCUCCUCAUUCGGCCUCAGUCAGCGGGGAGCGCCGUUCUUCCUUCCAUGAACCGCGUCUACAACGCAAUUCAACCCUUUCAACAGUACGAAGCAGCCGGCAGCCAUCGACCUCCGAGGCGACGGAGAGAAUUCGCGGCGAGGCUGAAAAAUCGCGCGCGGAUGGUACAGAGUCAACAUUAUCUACAAAUGCGCCUUCUACCGUUUGGGAUGAACUUGAUGAUUUAAAGUCUCGGAUUCGCAAGCUGGAGCUCACUGGGAAACUUCCGCCAUCGUCGCAAGCCGCGAUCUCGGGGACAUCGAACGAAAGACCCCGAACCGCCGCCACGACCAUGACUGCAAUCUCAACUUCUCCCAGACACCACCGUAAAGCCAGUACAUCCGCUGCAGACGCUGAAAGUGUUGUCCAUGAUCAGGUGCAUCCCCUAUUGCAAUCCGCAUUGGCCAAGGCCAAGGUGGUACUAAGCAGUGACGUGUAUUCCGCACUAGAUGCGACGAUCACUGAUGCAUUGAAGCUCUCAACUUUGUUGGGCGCCAAUACAACCCCGUCAGGCACUGUGUCUGUGGUAAAUGGAGGAUAUACUUCGUCAGAAAGACAAGCCCGACGUAAAGCCGACAGCGUGUGUCGUAGCCUGACAGAGCUGUGUUUGGCGUUGACGGAUGAGCAACUCAAGAAAACUCGACCAUCCUCCAGUCACGCCAGCACUGUGCAGCCUCAACGAUCUAAUGGCGGGGAGAACGAAUCGCUUGCCCCGGGCUCCUCCUACCAGCGAACGAUCAAUCACGAACCCGAAAAUGUCGAGCGGCGACAAAGUACUAGCCGCAUCUCUAGUCGUCUCGAAGCGCGAAGAGCAUCUCUCAUCAACCACAGCCCUAGUAAUCCUACUGAAGCCAAAUCUCCCCAAUCACCCAGCGUCGCUCCUCCGCCUAGUCGCCUUCACCGCGCUUCCACUACUCUUCGGAACCGCAGGUUAACCUUCGACGACGAAAAUGGAGAAAUUUCUAGCCCGCAUAGUCGCUCACUUUCCCGAGCUGCGACCGAGAUCGGCACACCCAGCCCAGCUCAGAAUGUGUCUCCGCGCCAGCGAUUUUCUUAUAGCCACUCGCGGUCCGCACCGGCGCUUUCUCAGGCCCCUCCAACGCCUCAGGCGUUUACCCCACAGCCACGAACGCCUACUGUCUCAUCACAGACCGGGAUACCAGCUCGUCGUAGCUAUAUGACACCCGGCGUUUAUUCCCCCGCUGCACCCCGCUCCAAUAUCCAAGCCGGAUCGCGCCGGUACGGCCUUUCUACAAGCUUCUCAAAUGCCACGCCGCGCUCCGGGGCCGAAGAAAGCCCCCGCUCGCCCCAGGUAGAGUCCCCGAAAACUCGAAUCGGCAUCCCAUCGAGUAAAACGGCGACCAGUUAUACACCUAUUCAACAGCCUCGACUCCGUACCAACAGUUUAGGGGCGCGGAGAUUUGGUCUCAGAACCCGCUCUUCUACUGCACCUGAUGAAUCUGCCAACAUCGAUGACAGUAUCGACUAA